GAAACAUGGCCGGGCUUUUCGUUCUUUCACCCUUCUCCUCCUCCUAGGAAUUUACACACUAUCUUCUGCUGAUACCGACAACUUCAUUCCCUCUACAGGUAGGAGGAACCGUGAUCACAUAGAGAUGAUGUUACAGUUGGACAAACCAGGCAGUCAAUGGCUUGAUGGUACUCAAGAGAAGAAAAUCUUGGAUGAUCUGACCACCUUGUACAGACAGAGUGUACGACCCAUAGAAGAGGCCUUCAAGUUUACAACCCUUCAGAGACAUGUGAUCACAGAGGGUGAGAUGCACGCCAAGCCUAUGGUGCUGUUUCUAGGCCCCUGGAGCAGUGGAAAAACCACAAUGAUUAACUACCUGCUGGGGUUGGAGGGCACCAAACAACUGCACACUGGUGCAGAGCCCACUACCCGGGAUUUUACAGUCAUCACCUCUGGCCCUAAGUACAAGACAGUAGAGGGUAUGGUGCUCCUGUCAGACUCUACCAAACCUUACACACCACUACAGAAAUUCGGAUUGGGUUUUGCUGAACGUCUGACAGGAAUAGAGCUUCCAUCUAAACUGCUUGAGAGAGUUACCAUUAUUGACACACCAGGAAUCAUAGAGAACAGAAAACAACAGGAGAGGGGUUACCCGUUCAACGACGUCUGCCAAUGGUUCAUCGACAGGGCCGCUCUGAUUUUCGUUGUUUUCGAUCCCACCAAACUGGAUGUGGGAACAGAGCUCGACAAGCUGUUCCAGCAGCUAAAGGGUCGCGAGUCUCAGAUCCGCCUCAUCCUGAACAAGGCCGACACCGUGCAGACGCAGGAGCUAAUGCGCGUCUACGGAGCCCUGUUCUGGAGUCUGGCGCCCCUUGUGAACCUUAUUGAGCCGCCUCGCCUCUACGUUGGAUCUUUCUGGCAGAAGUCCUUCAAAGACAACACUAUUGCUGAACUGUUUUUUGCAGAGGAACUCUCGCUGCUGAAUGAUGUCAAUCAGGUCAUCAAGAACCAGAUUGAGAGCAAGAUUUCCUUCAUCCGGCAGCAUGCCAUUCUGGUCAGAAUCCAUGCUCUGCUGGUGGACAAAUAUGUUACCACCUACACAGAAAACAAAGGCUUGCUUUUCGGUGACAACGAAGCCUUGAAGAAGAAAAUUAUCGAGGAGCCAGAAAAUUACCCAAUUUUCAAGAACAUUCUUGGCCACAAAGAUAUCAGUAAACAGGACUUGCCCGAUCCUGAGAUUUACAAAGAUUUCUUUGCUAUUCAUCCACUGGAUUCCUUGAACCCACUGUCCUACCACUGUCCAAGGCUGGUAGGGAAGUGUAUAAUAAACAAGCUCGAAUCAGCCAUUAACAUAGAUCUUCCUCAAUUACUACUGCGAUACCAGACGCUCCAUGGCCAGGAGACGUGCGACUCGAAGAAGCAUGGCUGCAACACUGUCAAGGGUCGGAAAACACACCAUCACAACAGUGAGAGGGAAGAACAUGAAUACAAGGAUGAAAAAAAAAAGGAGGAAAAGUUUAAAAACAUAAACUCUCAUUCACAGAAAGUAGAUGAAAAAGUUAAACGCAGCAUGCGACCAACAGAAAAGGAGAAGACACCUUCAGAAAAAGUCAAGGAGCAGGAGACAGAAGUACCAGAAAAGAAGACAAAUGAGACAAAGGAAAAGGACAUUGCAGAAGAGAAGAAACUGACAGAAAAACAUCCUGCAGCAGGUCGGGAAAAAGCCUAGGCUGUGGCAGCCUCUGAGCUGGUGCCUCAGAUGGUAACCCACCUCAGGUGAUACCCAAAUGUGGUGUGGAUAUUCUCUUUUUUUUUUUUUAAAAAACAAUUUCCAACGUCUCUUUUCUUUAUUUGAUAAUAGUGACCAUACCACAUGCACAUGUAGGUAGUACUGUAGUAUGACCUUUGAAGAAGACAAAACCAUAUCGCAAAACUGGCCAAACAUAAUUGAUAAGACUUUAUGCAAAAUAUGUGUACAUCUUUAGUCAAGCUGUUAAGAAAAGACACUAUUCUGAUAAAAUCUAGUUCAUAACAAACAGCCUGAGAUUAUCUUGUAAACUUCUCAACUGAACUGCCUGAGUUAGGUUUCAUGACUAUGAAUCAAACAAGUCGAAAUAAUGACACUGCAGUGAGUGAUGCCUUCCUUUAGAGGGAGAUAAAACUUCAUUGUGUUAAUCAAAUGCACAGAAUGAAAGUCAUAGGUGAAAUGCAAAGGUUUUAAUCUGCUACUGAAAUUUAGCACAGUAAACACUUGGUGACGAAAGAUUGUUUUAUCUUGUAUGAGUUCAUAGUUUAUGUGUUACCAGAAGUAUUCCACAUAAAUCUAAACAGCCUACAAAUCACUGAAAACAACAGGACUGUUUUUCUUUUAAUUUUGGAAUUUCAUGACUUUGUAUAGUAGUGGUUCUGGUGCAUUCUCACGAUGAUCUACCACUUGAUGCUGUUACGCUUAGGCCAGUAACACUUGAUUCCUGCCAGUAUAUUUUGAAAAAUGGAAGUGGGCAGAGGAACCAUUUUUGUUAUCAUGUCAGCUGUAUUUUAUGAUGAUCUCACAACCUGUAGCAAUUCUAGGUAAAAUGAAAUAAUGAGUUCCUUUCAAGAGAAUAAAAUGAUUUGUGGGCAGUGGCGAAAAAGCAAGGAAUCAAGUGUGAUCAUCUUUAUGUAAGGGAGAAUGACAGAGACCACUUCAAUGUCAAAAAAUUUUUAAAACAAGGAGAAAUCAGGACUGUAAUGUACAUUUCACCUGUAUUAUGGAGCACAAAUGUGCAAAUGAAAACGAAAAGCUUCCAAAUCCUUAUGACACAGCAGGAGGAGCCUGUAGGCAAUGGUCUAGCAAAAGUUGAAAAUGGUUGCCAGUGUGGUUGAUGUAUUUAAUAUGUUAAAAAUGGGGACAGAACGAUACUAACAUUUCUUUACACAGGUGUGAAAAACCCUAUGAGUUUAGUUAGGACUGUUAUUAAUAUAUUAUAUGACUGAUGUCUAUAGACUGAACAUGGUGCUUUAUAAUUCCCAUAUCCAAAUGACCAUUCCUUACAAUCCUGUACAAAUAUAUAUUACCAGAAAACAUGUUCUCCAUAGAAACCUGUUUUAUUUAUUUAGACAAGGUGCCAUGCACUAGUAUGUAUUUAUGUAUAUAGAUCCUGUUUAUGGUAUUUUUGAAGAAGAUAGACAAGGCAUAUGCUUCUAUAGGUUGAUGAUGAUUGUAUGAAGAUUUGAUGACAGUCUAGCGAAAAGUACUGGUGCAUGUAAAUGAGUCUGCGCACAGUUAUCUUGAUGCUGCUUACAACCUAGCAUUUCUGACCCACAUUGGCUAGGUAAACUAAAAUGUUCCUGGGUCGUUGAGGUUGUAGGUUAGUGACAAGAUACAGGUGUACAUCAUCAAAUAUAAAUCAUAUAAAAAAUAAAUUUCUAUUGAUUAAUACAAGUAUAUAGUGAUUGUACUGUGUAGGUUGAGGGUUGAGUGGAGAUAUGAAAAGUGGCUUUUGUAACUAUAUGAGACUGUUAACAGUGUGAUACAAUUAAUAUUCUAGUAUUUUUUACAGAUUUUGAAGAGGUGCCACUUUAAAGGUUGCAUGAAUGUUUGGAACAGUGUACAAAUAAGUGUAGUUUUGCCAUUCUAGGAUUUGGCAAUGUAAAAUUACGAGAUGAGAGUGUUACCUAUUGCAAUCACGUGGAAUAAACAAUCUUCAAGUAUGGUGUCACGGAAAUUCACUAAAACAAAUUAUACCCCAAUUCAAAGGUUUCAGAAUGCUCUCAUUACAGUAAUAUUGUGCCAUGAUGUAAGCCUGGAAGAUGCUAAAAGUGCUACAGAAAAUACACGUCCAAUGAUAACUGUUCAUCAACAAUUACUGUAACAUAUGUAAGCUGUGCAAAAAAUAGUGGGAUAAAAAACAGCUGAUGGGAACACAGUAAAGCAUUCAUGUACAUAUCCUGACUACAUCAUUACUACACGCAUUUCAAUUUAGUGUAAGAUGUGGGUGAAAAACUGACAACAUCUAUUGGAGUUAGCACAAAACUGAGACUAGAUAUAAAUGCUUUUUAAUAAGUUCUAAUUGUGCUACCAGAAGAUGUAAGAUGUACAGAGACAACAACAAUGCCUGUGAUCUACAUGUUAAAUGUUUCACUAAAACUGGCCUGUAAAAUGCAAAGAGUUGUGCUUGCCAGAAUGCAAAGAUGUUGUUCAGUGUUCAAGUAAAUCUAUCCCCGACUAAUCUAUGAAUGCAUUAGUUUUAACGCUCGUAAAACAUGAUUACUAUUCUGUCAUUUUUAUGAUUCUUCUUUUGAAAAAAUUUACACCUCAAUAAACGUUGUCUGAACUGCAACAACAAAGGAUGAUGGCAUUU